GCAGGUAAAUCUAGUGAUGUCCAUCCUGCUGUAUGUGAUGGUCCUCGUGUACCUCUAUGGUAUCCAGGCGACCCACAUGGACAGCAGUCGCCAGGGGCAACAUCAGGAGCAGCAGUCGAAUCCCGACCCGUUGAACUCCCUCAUCAUCCAGCUGCUACAGGCCGACCUGACGAGGGGGAGGACCAGGGGGAACGAGAGCCAACAGGGGGGGAGCAGGGACUCGCUGUCGCCUCACCUCUCUGCAAACUUUCCCUCAGAGGAGCAGGGCGAUGUGGAGCAUUGGGGGAGUCGCAGCGGGGGGAGCAGUGACGACGUGGUGUUGAACUCAAACCUUCUCAGGCAACACAAGCGAUACAACUCACCUCGAGUGCUACUGAGCGACCGGCCCCCCCUUCAGCCCCCGCCGCUGUACCCCUCGGACGAUUACGUGAGCGGUGGGUUGGACGGAGGGGCGGCGGGGAACAAGACACGGAAGAAGCGUUAUGCCGAGCACAAGAGCUACCGUGGGGAAUAUUCUGUGUGCGACAGCGAGAGCCAGUGGGUGACAGAUAAAACCAAUGCAGUGGACACCGAAGGGCAAGCUGUCACUGUACUGGCCAAAAUUAAAACCAGCGUCACGCAGAACAUCAAACAAUACUUUUUUGAGACGCGCUGUCGGAGCCCAAGGCCCUUCAAAGGAGGCUGCAGGGGCAUCGAUGACAAGAACUGGAACUCGCAGUGCAAGACGACGCAGACUUAUGUCCGCGCGCUGACGCAAGUUCGCAAUCUAGUUGGCUGGAGGUGGAUACGCAUAGACACUUCCUGCGUCUGCGCGUUGUCGAGGAAACGUCCGAGACAUAGGACGUAAUCAAAACAAUUCAAGCCUUGCUGGUGACAGCCUGUUUGAAAUUCUACUUCCUGCAUAGGAUUUUGUAUUUCCUGUCACAGUUCUCCACCACGGGAUUAUGAAUAAUGUUUUAAGGAGCAACACUUUGCUAAAGAAACUUCUACUGAAGAAACCUUGGGUCCACUUAAAAUUCACAUCAAUGUGCUGCAAAUCCACCACGGUGCAAUUGCCGCCGCAGAAGAACUCGUUU